AUGGGGGCUGGAAAGAAUGCCGACAGCGGCGAAGACGCGGGUGCCACGUCUCCCAACAAAGAUGGCGAGACAAGCCCCGUGAGAGCAAGGACAAAGGCUUUGGAGAAGCUCACGUCAGGCUCGGCGUCUACCACGCCUACAAGCUCAACAAAACCAGCGACAACCGCCCGUUCUACACCAAAUGCCGCCGCUGCGAAUAGAGAAAUAGAGGACCUCAAGGCUAAGCUCAAAGUGCUUGAGAGAAAGAGGUUGGAGGACAGAGAGAAGCUGAAGCAGUUGGACCAGGUCCAAGGCGAGCGAGACAGAUUCCAGUCAAUUAUAGAAAAGCUGCAGGCGAAAUACCAGCCUCAGCAGAGCGAGAACAACGAGUUGCGGAAAGAAUUAAAGGAGGCAGAGGAGCGGUUCGAAUCGAUCGAGUCAAUGCAGAUGGAGCAUGAGACCGCUCUGGAGCUGGCCACGUUGGACCGUGAGAUGGCUGAAGAGACGGCCGAGGUUCUUAAGGUUGAACUCGAGGCUCUGAAGCAAAAGUCGGAAGAGCUUGAGCUCGAAGUGGAAAUCCUCCGCGAAGAGAACGCGGAAUUCGGCCAGGGUAUGUCAGCGGAAGACCGAGCCAGCACCGGGUGGUUGCAGAUGGAAAGGACGAACGAGCGGCUCCGCGAAGCUCUCCUGCGACUGCGCGACUUGACUCAGCAGCAGGAGGAGGAGCUGAAGGAUCAAAUCAAGACUUUGGAGGAUGAUCUCCAGGAAUUCGGCACUGUCAAGGAGCAAUUUGACGCGGCAAAAGAAAAGUUGGCCCAGUCAGAGGCUGCCGUUGAGGAUCUUCGGCAACAACUCGACAAUGCUUUGGGCGCUGAAGAUAUGAUCGAGGACCUCACUGAGCGUAACAUGAGCAUGUCUGAGCAAAUCGAAGAACUCAAGGCCGUCAUCGAAGACCUCGAGAACUUGAAGGAAAUCAAUGACGAGCUGGAGAUCAACCAUGUCCAGAACGAAAAGGAAAUGCAAGAGGAUCUUGACUUCAAGGACAGCGUCAUCACGGAGCAGGCGCGACGGGCGGGCGAGCAGGAUGAGGCCCUCGAGGACAUGGAGUACACCCUGUCCCGAUUCAGAGGACUGGUCACCAGCCUGCAGAGCGACCUCGAGGACAUGCGGGCGUCACACGCUGUCACUGAGACGGAAUCCGAGCAGCUUAACAGCAAGUCCCGCGCUAUGAUGGACCUAAACAUGAAGCUCCAGAUCUCCGCCUCCAAGGCGCAAGUCAAGACGAUCGACCUCGAGCUGCGACGACUGGAGGCUCAGGAGGCCGAGCAACACUUGGAGAUUGUCAAGAUGUUCCUGCCCGACACUUACAAGGAGGACCAAGACUCUGUGCUUGCUUUGCUGAGGUUCAGGAGAUUGGCCUUCAAGGCCGAGCUCCUGCAGUCAUUCAUCAAGGAGCGUGUCAAUGGCCAGCCUCACCCUGGCCACGAGGACGACGUCUUUGCUGGUUGUGAUGCUAUCGAUAAACUUACAUGGGUCGCUUCUAUGUGCGAGCGUUUCACCAACGCCAUCAGCCACUGCUCGAUUGAACAAUUCCAGCGGUUCCAGAACGCCUUAUUCGAGCUGGAGCCAGUGGAGCGGGCGCUGAACGGAUGGAUCGACGGCUUGCGACGGGACGAUCUUAAGGAGCAGAAGUGUGCGGACGAACUCCAGCGCACGAUUGCGCUCAUGUCCCAUCUCGCUGAAGUCCACCUCACCAACGAGUUGCCCGACUUUGCCGAGGACACGUACAUGCAGACUGUCGUUAUGCAGAGCCAUCUUGAGUCUGCCGGAGCCACCUUUGCUGCUUUGCGUGGAAUGGUCCAGAGAGUUGUGCCCUCUGAGUCUGAAGACGAUGAGAUGGCGCAGCACUUUAGCAAGAAAUCCGAGUUUGUCGUUGCUCAGACCCGGAGUGCCAAGGUUAUUGCUGGCAAGGCUGUGCGGGCUCUACAAGAUCUCAAGUCUCGCUCGCUGGCGUUGCCGCAAGAGACCAAGGAGUCCUUCGAGCAGUGCCAGGAUGCUACUCAACAGCUGGCGGCGUUGGCUCGUGAGAUCGGUUCCGACUUGCAUUCGCUCCUGCACGAGGAAGGCCGUAACGAGCCCUUCACAUACCGCGAAGUCCAGGACACAAUCUCCCAGGCCACCACUAAAGUCACCAUGUCAAGCGAGUCCGAUCUGUUCUCAACAUACCUGUCCAGGCUCCGUACUCUUACUAGCCAGAUCUCAGACCUGGCCGCGCUUAGCGCAGAUUUGUCUCAGACGCAAGAGUUUGAAGUUAGCCCCGCACCGUGGAAGCUUCGUUCCCAGGAGCUCAAGGCCAUCAAGACGAUCCCCGUCGAUGCGGAGGAGGAGAUGCGCCGCCUUAAGGAGGAGCACAACGAAGCCCGCGUGGCGAUUGCGCAGCGCGACGAGAAUCUUAGCACGGCCAACCUCAAGAUUGAGACCCUCGAGUCGAGGAUGAAGGAUGCCAAUGCCAAGGCUUCCCGCAUUGAGGAUCUCGAGGCGCAGAUCCAGGCUGCGAAGCAAAAGGCUGCCAGUCUCAAGGAGGACAUUGACAAGCAAGACCGCGAGCUCAAGACGCUAGAGACGGACCGCGACAAGUGGAAAAAGAUUGCCGGCGACAGCAAGGCUUUCGCGGACGGUGCAGGUGCAGCGGGCGCCAAGGCCGGCCAGGAGCGGGCGGUUGCUACGGCGCGCGAGAUGGAUGCUCUCAAGAGCGAGAUUGCGAGCCUGCAGGCAGCCGUGCGAUAUCUUCGCGAGGACAACAGGCGCGCUAGGACGACGGAGCAGCACAACUACGACUGGCUGGCGGAGCCGCUCAUCAAGUCGCCGUCCGUCGUGGAGCAGCGCCGCGCCCUCGUUGUGGCGGAGGGUAAGGAUGUUCUCAGCGAGCUGGUCAAGUUCACAACUUCGGCUCGCGUCUACGACCUUGCUUCUCUGCCGAAGGACAAGCUCGCGUGGAAGCCCGCGCGCAGCACGCCGCAGUACCACGCGGCCAAGCAGAGGGAAGACCUUGCGGCGUGGAACAGCUGGCGGAACUCGGUGCUCAAGAAGUCCGAGGUCGUGCUAGGACGCAAAGAUGGGGCGGCGGCGGAGAAGAGACAGAUGAUGAAGAGCGUGGCAGCGAGAUUGCAGAUUCGUCUGCCGGACGCGGACGGCAAGAUGGUGCCCGGCGGCGGGAGGGAUGUGCAGAUUGUGGGAUCGCGCGAGUGGGAGGGGAUACAGGGCCGACUGGCGGCAGUAUGA